CAUGUACAGUCGGGCACCAACACCUUGUGCGGAGCUUCUGUGUAGAGCCUCGCUCGCUUGUACGACACACGCCAGAUAAUAACGUCGCGUCCAAGUGUGUACACAGUUUCACCACAGCAGAAAAUCUGCCUUAGUCUACACAUAGAUUGACACGAUAGCACGUUCCUCGCUAACCCGUCUGCGAGGUCAUUGACGUGGGUCAUUGAAGUGCUGAAAUCUUAGUCCUCCAACCAUAACCCAAGGACACAUUACUUACUAGCACGUCUAGGUUACGGCUAUUGGCAUGGAAACUUUCCAUUUCAUGCUGCGGCCUCGAGCUUGGGCGUCAACGGUGUAACGCCGCUGGGAAGGAGCAAUCACGAAGGCGUGAGAACCUUCCUCCAAUUUGCGUGUAUGUUCCUUUCCGCGCAGAAACCGUUACCAUAUCAUCGGUUAACGCUACCUCUGUCAGUUGUGGUUACGCCAAACCGGGGCCCAUAGGCUUGGCUAACCCAAUUUACUUUUACGGUCAUGCAACGUUCAGCAAGCGUGACGGGCGCCGAGCCCUUGUUAUACAAGACCGGUUCUUUAAAGGACCAUAGUAAACAUCGACGGAACAGCUCCGUCGAACCAACUGUCGACCUUGCCUUAUCUCCGGAGGGCUUCGCCACGGGAGGCGGCCUCAUCGCCUCCCUCUCCUGCAACUCCGCCUUCGACCGCGGCGUAUAUAAAUCUCUGACAUGCGAUGGCUCCGAAUCCUCGCUUCGGGGGCGCGCUUCCACCGGAGUCGCCGCAUUGGGCCUCACCAAAACCACGAGCUCCCGAACCAUUUCCGGAGCUCCAUGCUCGCCAUCCACGGUCGGCAAGCCCCCAACCGCCCGCCCACCAUCUCCCAAACCCUCAACCACCCAGCCCCAAACCUCUCAAUCUGUUCGACGACGACGGCCCCUCAGCCGCAGCAUGUCGUCCUCCAACGGAUCCUUUCUACAGCGGCAGCCGUCCACAACCCAGCCUAUCCCCGGCUCCCCAGAACUCCUCCUGCCCUCCUCCGCCUCUACCGGUCUCACCCCAACCGUCAGCUCCUCCAACUCCAGGGCCUCCUCGCAGCCUUCUUCUCCGCUGCCGCCACCCUCGGCUGGAGUCCCUAGCCCCUGGCUCAAGGCGCUCUACCAGUCACAGCUAGUACGGCAAACGCCGCCACAGCCCUCCUCAUCAUCGCCGCAGCACCAAUCGCAACCCUCUGAGAGCUGCUCUGACCGCAGCCCUUCCUCCACAAGCACGUCUGCUUCGACCCACGGGUCACCGUCGCCGGCAGCUGCAGCCACUGGCACCCAAGUCCCAGCUUCGGGGCCAGCAAGCUCUAGCGCAGGUGCAAGUGCGGCAACCACCACCGCCUCCACGGCAGCGUCAGCUGGCUUUAGUCGUCGUCGACGGGCAAGCUCGGCGGGCCUUACGUCGGGUCUGACUGUUACCGCCGCGGCGGCGGCGGCAGCUCUGCAGCUUGGAGGUGGAGGCGGUUUGGGAGGAGGCAGUGGCAUAGCCGCGCCUUCGCCACAGCUAGCGUCACGGAGGUCUGUAAGCGCGGCGUCACCGCAACCGUCCCUGCGCAGACGUCCCAGCAGUGGGAAUGCGGCCGGGGGUUCAGCCCAGGCAGCAGCAGCGGCGCAAAGCGUUCCGGUGGCUCCCCGUGCCUGGCUGAAGCAGCAACAACAACAGCUACUAGAGCAGCUGCAAACCCACAUGCAGCAGCAGCAGCAGCAACAACAACAAGUGCCGCAGAAGCAGCAGCAGAAGCAGCGAGGCUCUAAUGCGCCCAGCAACAACAUAUUCGACACCAGCCUAACGCAGCUGCUACGUCUGAAGGAAGUACCACCUCCUGCUUCUUCGUCCUCCUCCGUAAGGCCCACGCCUCGACCGCUAUCCGCACGGCCCCUGCGGUCGCCCCGUACUAGCAGCAGCACCGCACGGCCUUUGUCGCCCACGUCCCUAGCCGACACUUCCAGUAGUCCAUCACCGCCAUCGCCCGCCUCCUCCACAGCGACGCCAGCUGCCUCCUCGUCCUCCCCGCGUGACAGCAGCAGCAGUGGCAGCAGCAACAACAGCUGCACCCUCCCGGAGGUCCCGUUGAGCCCUACUGCAUCACAUGAGGCGCCUCGCUCGUCCUCUGGCGGAAUAGAGGGUACGGCAACUAGUCAACCGACCGCAACUACUGCAGCUGCUGCUACCCCGGCUGGCGGCAACGACGACAGAAACGAUGGUCGCAGUAGCGUCGGUGGCAGCACCGUGGCUCUUAACCAGGUAAAUUGCAACGUAAACAACAACAGCAACCAUUGGGAACCGCCGCCGGUGCCGGAGAUUGUGGUACGACCGCCGAAAUGGCUGAAACCCUCAGCCUUCCAACUCACGGAGCAACUUCGAAGCGGCCGACUCCAAGAGCUAGCGGAUAAGAUUGCAGCCGUGAAAUGCCCCACGUUCCUUGAUCUCGGCGGGCUGGAAUUUAGCGGACCCUUCACGUUUCCUACCGGGGCCGACGGUGGUGGUGCUGCUGGUGGCGGCUCGGUCGCGGAAGUUGAGAAGCCGGCGCCGGCGGCGCCAGCCGAGUGGGUGACCGUUGGCUCGUCGGUCCGUUCGCAGUCAAUGCGAGCGAUGGGCGGCGGGGGACGACAGGCGCCGCGGGCUCCUGCCGUGUUCAAGCCCGGCGUUGACCAAGUGUUGACCAUACCGCCCGGACAGCACAUUACGUUGUACAAUGCGACGCUGCUGUUCACGGCCGAGCAGUACAUCCUCGUGGGCCCUGGAUCCAGUUUGACCCUCAAGGGUGUUGAGGUGCUAGGGUGCUCCCGGGAAGCGGCCAGAGCCACCGCAGUCGCACGACGUAAGGCCCUGGCGGCAGCCGCCGCCGCAGCAGCGACUGCUGCAGCGUCGCCGACGAUGAUGCUGAUGCCGACGACGAUUGCGACCUCUCUGGCGGCGGCCGCCGCCUCCGGAAGUUUAAUCGCCGCUGCCAUGGCGACGCACGGCAUCGCACCCUCGCUGACGUCGUCACUGACGUUGCCGUAUUCAAUGACGCUGACGGCGGCGGCGGCUGAUGGUGGGUCAGCAGGAUUGCCGGUUGUACGACGACGGCCUGCAACUGCUGGAAGCCAUAGCUCCUCAUCCGCAUCGUUAUCCGUUCUUGGAUCUGGAUCUUCCUUUUCGUCUGCAACCUCUUCACAACAAUCGUCGUCGUCUUCAGCUGCACCCACAUCGUCAUCAGCUUCUUCCUCGUUUGCUUCCUCUUUUGUCUCCGCGUCGUCUUCCUCAUCCACAUCGGCAUCCUCGCCGCUACUAGAGCUCGUCAACCCGAACGAAUACGUCGAAGAUCACGGGUUGUUGGAGGUGGUUGGCGGUUACGUCCGCAUUUCUAACUCCCGACUGCGGCCGGGCCGUUGCCAGCUAGCCUUAUGCGUUUCCGACGGCGGCAACUGCAAUCUGUCGUACAGUACGGCAGGCCCUUGCUGUGCCGCAGGGUUCAAGAGCGCCUUGGUUUCAGAGCAUACGACGUACGAAGGUGGUACGGCAGGCUGCGUCAGCGCACUUAACGGUGCACGCGUGGGCCUCAAGGAGUGCAAGCUCACAUACGAGGAUGCCAAGCAAGCCGCCGCUGCUGCGGCUGCGUCAACCUUGACGUCAGCAGCCCACUCGAAUGCGGCGGUGUCGGCGCUGGCGGCAGCGGAGACCUUGGGAGGCUGCGAGGUGGGCAUUGAAGCCCGUGGUUCCGGAGCCGUUGCCGUACUAACCGACUGCGAGUUGUCGUAUUGCGGCGUCAGCGCGUCGCUCGGCGCGCAUGUGCACAUUCGUACGACAAAGGUGCUGUUCCCUCGCGGCCACGGACUCCUCGUGAGUGAUCCGGAGACGCAGUUGUACUGCAAAGAUUGCCGCAUUGAGGAUAGCGGCGGCAGUGGCGGAGUGGCGGCCUACGGAGGCGCCCUGCAUCUCGCCGACACAGUCCUCGCCGGCGGGGCCGGACCCGGCGUCCUAGUCCUGCCGUACAUUUCUGACUCCGCCGCGUCGCCUGCCGCCGCCGCCGGCGCCGGCGCCGGCUCCAUUAGUCGCCCGUCCUCGGCUUCCAGUGCAAGCGGCGGCGCCGUCUACGUUUCCGUUGCCGCUGCCGCGGCGGCGGCGGCGGCUCCGCCGCCGCCUCGUCCCAGCGCUUCACUGCUGCGUUGCGACGUCUCCGCCAACGCCGGCCAUGGGGCGCUGGUGGUUGGCGGCGGUUACCUGGAACUGAAGGACAGCGAACUGUACAACAACCUCUGUUGCGGUGUGUCGGUUGAGGGUCGCGGCUCGUCGUUGGCGGCGAUUGGCACGCGAGUGAUAGCCAAUGAGGCGCAUGGCGUGCGGAUUAUGGAGGGCGCAACGGCGGCGUUAAGGAAAUGCAGUACGACGAGUAACGGCCGCGACGGCGUGGCUGUGGAGGGGCAAGGCAGCCGAGCGCAGCUCGUGAGGUGCGAGUGCCGAGAUAACCGCGAGAGCGGCGUGUGCGUCACCGGCUCCGCAUCCGUGUCGUUGUCGUACAGUCGCCUCGCCGCCAACCAACAUGACGGUUUGGCGGUUGGCGGCGCCGGCUCGUCCGCUAUAGCGCACAGUUGCACACUGAGCGGCAACAUCGCCAAGGGCCUAGCGGUCUGCAUGGGGAGCUCGGCCGAGGUCGCGGAUUGCGCCGUGCACUGCAAUGGUAUUAAGAGUGCGCAGGUAUCCGAUGAGGGCAGCAGCUUGGUGUUGCUCCGCACCUGCUCACUUGACCGAGAGCCACUGGCUGCUAAUGGCGGGCUACUGGUGCGGCCAUGAUGUGUGCACAUUGGGUUGCAGCGUCAUGUUGAGUUUUGGGGUGUCAUGUGGUGCCAUGAGAGGUGAUGGCGGGUGCUGCCACUGUUGCUUACAUACAAAGUAUACAUAUAUGCCGAUUAAGCGUGAGGCUGUAAGGGUCCGUAGCCGGUACAUACAUAGACGUUACAGUUUCGUUAACCGUGUACAUAUGCCGUAUGCUUGUACGGCGAGGUGUUGGUUGGUUGCUUUCUGCCAUCGGACGGUGGAGCGAUGGUUUGUCAUUUACCGUUUGGAUGGCGGAAUGCGGUGGACACCUGAGUUUAUAGGGCAGCCUCCUCUCAAGCUGGUGAGGUAUUGCUGCUAAAUGAUAGAGUUUGAGCACAUGCUACAAACAAUGUCAAGUUUCAAGUGUUGCCUAGCAGAGACCUAGCAGAGCGACGUAAAGCGGGGAAGAACUACCCCCUUUGCUCCACUCGCGCGAACGUUUCUUUCUGGUCUAUACCGUACACAAUGUCGUUCCCACUUUUCAUUUCUGAUGAUUGCCCGUUACGGCGAGCUACGGAGCGGGUCUAUGUUGAUACCAUAGCAGAUGCGUCGUACAUGGUUUUUAGUUGUACGACACAGCCUUCUUUCUUGUUGCUUGCCGUACACAUUUCACUCUUUAUCCCAUAAGGCGCCUAUGUUUAAGGGCUUUGCUGUACACUUUCCGUCUUGUUUCCUGACGCACCGGGGGCCUGUUUAGCAGUCCUGAACCUUGGUUUCCACAUUCCUUUGAUCAUUCGUGGCAAGCUACACGAAGUUUUUCGGGCGUUGGUAUUGCAGCAUGCCUUCUUGUGUGCAUUUUGGGGAUUGGGGGAAAGGGGACACAUUGUGGGCCCUAGACGGGUUCCCUGGAACGGUGCAUUGCGUUUCCGGCGGCGUUAUGUCAAAAGCACAGCCGAGAAGCCUCUUCGCUCUUGCGGGGACUGGGGAGUUGCUUGUGGAAGAAGUGGCUGGAUAGCGGAAGCGCGUGCACCCAAUUGGGUAGGAACAUAGCGUGGCGUGCCUUACGUCUGUGCGUGAUACCGUCUAAAGUUAGUGGGGUGACCGGGUUUUAAACGGAACUCUAGGUAUGGUUGUCUUACAAGUGGCGGACGGUGUUCCUUGUUUGGAUGCCUACCAAGCUCAAACAGAAACGGCUGUUCCCUCCUCAGUGAUGGCUAGGCUAUUAAAGAGGUGUAACCAUGCAUCAGUUG